CUUAAAACAAUAUCGAAAUGAUGCUGACUACUUCAAUUUUUGGAUUAUUGGUCCUCGCGUCAUGGUGUCACUCAUUCGACGAAGAAGACGAGACGCGCGAAAUAGCGAAGGCAAGGGUGGAAAGCUGCCCCGGUUGUAAGCUAUACAGUCUACCCGAAGUAAAUUCGUUCAUUUUCGAAGACGUGCCGUUGUAUAUAAAUGUCGAAACGGAAUUUAUUAGUGGCGCACCGCCGGAAUUGGUAUUUUUGAACGCGAAUGGUGAGGAAUUGGAACGAAUAAAUUUAGAAAAAUACAGCAGGAAGGAGUGCAAUCAGCUGCUUCGUGAACGCGGGUUUAUGAGACCGGCGAAGAUUGUAAAGGCAAUAGUGGAAAGUUGCCCCCGUAGUAAAUUAAGCCGCUUGGAAGAAUUGAGGGAUUUUAUUGACGACGAUGUGAUUAUCUACAAUAAUGUAGAGGUUAAAUUUCUGGACGAGGUUUCUUCGCCUGAACUCGUGCUUAUAAAUGAAGAUGGCGAUGAAGAGGAUAGGGUAAAUUUGGAAUCACUGACCAGAGAGCAGUGCAAUGAUUGGCUCACUGAUAACGGAAUUACCCUGAAGAUGCAGGAAUAUUACUAUGAAGAUGUUUGGAGGCAAAGUAAGGAAGAGUUAUGA